UAAUGCUAGAACCUUCUAAAGAUUUUUAAGAAAAAGCAAAGGGAAGAUAAAAAUUUCAACAUUAAGGAAGAACAAUUUAUGAAUGGGAUUAAACUUUAGAUGAUAUUAAUAUAUACAUAGAGCCUCCAAAGGCUGUAUUAAAAAAGUAUGAAGAUUAAGUGAGAUAAUAAUUGAAACCAGGAGAGCAAAUGCCAAAAUUAGACAUUUAAAUAAAGGCUGAUUGUUUAAAAAUUGGAAUAAAGGGAAAUCCUCCAUUUAUUGAUGAACCAUUAGUAAAAUAAUGUGAUUCUAGUGAAUCAUACUGGUUAAUAGAGGAUGAAGAACUUCACAUAAUAUUGCAGAAGGCAUAUAAAGGAGAAUUAUGGCCAAGUGUGUUUGUUGGACAUGGAAAGGUAGAUCCAUUGACAGAAUAGGAAUUAUAAAAGAAAAUGCUUUUAGAGAGAUUUUAGGAAGAACAUCCAGGAUUUGAUUUUUCAGGAGCUUAGGUAAAUGGAAUGGUACCUAAUGCAAGAACGUUUAUGGGAGGGAUAAAACAUAAUUGAA